AUUCCACUGCAAAUAACCAUAACACAGUUUCCUUAUGUUUGCUAGUACUUUGUCUUCUCUUUAUAAAUAUGCAGAAUCCCCCACUUUUCCUGUCACCUGUUCCCUUGGCUUUGAUUCAAUUAAAACCUACUACUACUCUAACUUUACCUGCCCUCUAACUUUCUUCUUUCUUUCAAAUUUUUGAACUUUUGAAUGCCCCAUAUUUUAUGUUUAGUUAAGUUCUCUCAUCAUCAUCUUCAUUUGAGCUUUUGUGUAAAAAGCAAUGGCAACAACCAAUUCAAGAGGCAAAACAGAGUUACCAAUGAACAAGAGAUAUCAAGAAACCAGUCCUGACAGAACCCUUGUUUGGUUCGAAAGAAAAAAACCAAACAAUGAUCAGAAAGUUCCUGUUGUUUACUACUUGUCCCGCAAUGGCCAUCUUGAACAUCCUCAUUUCUUAGAAGUCCCUCUUUCUUCUCCUCAAGGACUGUUUCUCAAAGAUGUUAUAAAUAAACUAAACACCCUCCGAGGUGAUGGCAUGGCUAACAGGUUCUCCUGGUCUUCAAAAAGGAGCUACAAGAAUGGAUUUGUGUGGCAAGAUUUAUCAGAGAACGACUACAUAUACCCUUGUAAUGGACGUGAAUACAUUCUCAAAGGCUCACUAUUGUUAGAAUCUUCUCUAAGCUUUCGUUCUUAUGAAACAGUUUCUUCAACUUCAUCAAUAUCAAAAAAUUCUUCAGAGACAUACAGUUCAAGUGAAGAUUCCAAUGUUGCUGGAAAAACUAGAAGGAAAUAUCAUUCAUGGAGCGAAUUCAAGGAGCUUGAUGAUGAACACAAAAUCUAUAAGGCUAAAACCAGUAGGGAUUUUAGCAGCAAAGGCAACAGUGUAUCAACACAGACAGAACAUGAAAUGGGAAGCAAUCAAGUGCAGGAGGAUUCUAGGCCGUCUUCGAAUUCGAAUUCGGAAAUUCUGAAAAGUAUGAACAUAGCAGCAGAUAUUAGAGAUCAAAGCGUUGAAAAUGAUCGUCCUAGUGGGAGGAUCAAAGCAGCUGCGGUUUUAAUGCAAUUGAUUGCUUGUGGAUCAAAGAGAGUCAAGGAUUUGGAAUCAAUGGAAAUUAGGGGUUGAUGAGUUGAUGAGAGAAACUAGUAAUAUGCUAUGAAUCAUGAUGCAAAAAUGGUUAAAAUGUUCUCUUUUUUCAGUUUCAUGAAGGUAAAAAGAAAUGUUGCCUACACCAUCUUCUGUAACACCCCCACGCCUGAAACCGUCACCGGAGUCAAGCUUGAGCUGUUACUAAACUUAUCUUACCUUUUAAACAACUUUAAACCACUUAUUUUAAUUUUCAGAAUAAACUAUUUUUCUGCGUCAUGGUUGUUUAAAAA